AUGCCACAACCCACGGUCGUCAAAGAUCCUGAUGACGGUGCUGGGCCGAAGCAAACCGAAGACAUGCCAGCCCUGUGUGCCAAAGAAAUGUGCCCAACGGCCUUCCACCUAUUCCCGAACCUCGCACCAGAGCUUCGACUGAAGAUCUGGAAGGCAGCUUGUUUCCCUUACGCAGCCAACCACCGCGGCCUACACUACAUUGAUCUGAAAAACAUUGACGAGAUAUCUGGGGAUGCCGUGGUAGUCUCAAUGACAUCAAUGGAGGUGGAGGCCCUUCAUCCUCAUUUCCAGACCUCGGCCAAUGAGCAGCAGGUUGUCGGAUGCGCAAACAGAUCAGCCUAUAUGUGGGACGGUGGUCUCUGGAAGGCCUGCAGAGAAUCGAGAGAGGUUAUUUCCACGCACUUCCGACUGGAAAUCUGGCGCGGUACUCAGGAAAAAUACAUUGACCCCCUCAAAUUAGAUGAGGGCCUCAAUCAGGCUUGCCAACCAUACCCCUCCGAGCGGGAUCUUCAUGCGGAACUGAAUGAGAAGCGACCAGAUCAUGAAGGCUCAGUUCAUAAGCGCGAGCCCUUUCUUCCUACCUGUCUCCUUUUCCGCAACCAAGAGCAUGCAGAGCGAUUUAUGGUCAUGCCCACCCGAGACCUAUUUUGCAUCAAAGACCCCAAGAGAUCCCUGUUGCCACUCACCCUCGAGGCUUCUCGCCUUCAUGUUCCGUGUCCCAAUGGCAAAAAGAUUGUUCUCCGACACUCAUUCAAUCUUGUCCUUGAGUUUGACACCAGUUGGAACGACGAAUUCCCUCUCACCUGGAAAGAACUCAGAGAGGAAGAUUCACCUCAAGGUCUUUUCGCCACUUGGGCUCAAACCUGCAUGUGGGGAGAUGGCAAUGCGCCAUGGAUCUAUCUGCUCAACAAGGCUGCUCGUUGGGGGCCAUAUUGGCGGGUGAAAGACGAUGUAAUCUUCUAUGAUUGCGACGGUUUUGAUUUGUCUGAGUAUGUCAAAGUUCUCGUUCGCCAUGAGGAGGAACCCGCUGGAGAUCAAAUCGAAGAACGAGUUGACGAAUUGGAUGUAUUGGACGACGGCAACGACCGUGAAAUUGAGCAUGAAGGUGAAGACGGGGAGGACGGCAAAGAAGCAUCUAAACUUCAGGAUUAG